AUGAAAAAUGCCUUUGUCUUGAUAAGCUGUGGAGUGAUCGUUGAGAUCGUCAAUUCGCAUAUCGUUUCGAUGGAUGAGUCAGGCUACAGUUUCCACAUAAUCGAUCCGUAUUCGUUUUGCCGCAAUGUUCUACCACACUUCUUCAAGCAUAACAAUCUGAAUAGUCUUAUACGGCAGUUGAAUAUGUACGGUUUCCGGAAAAUGACCCCUGUUGAUCGUGGCUCGUUGGCCCGCACUGAAUCUGAUCAGGAUCACCUCGAGUUCAGUCAUCCAUAUUUCAUCCGUGAUCAUCCGGAAUUUCUAGUCAAUAUCAAGAGAAAGCUCAUUCAAAGCAAUUUCUUUGCAUGGCUAUUUGUUUUUUUUUGUGUGCGUCGAUCAUCAGUACUUAUAAAAAAUGCAACCAAUAAGAAGCAAACCCCAACUGAUGCCAGAAGUGAAUAA